GCUCAUUCCGCCGAGAGUCGAAGAAGAACGAACUGCUGUCGACGGACGCAGAAGAGGAGGCUGGCCUUCAAUUAAAAGAAAGUUUAAUCAGUGAAAAAUAAAUUAUAAAUAAUUUAAGUGAUAGUGCGAUGACGUUUCGUAAAAGAAACCGGGUGCCAAACAUUCUCUUCGUGUCACUCUCUCUGGCUUGCUGACCCUCUCUUUAACGCUCGCGGAGAGCGAGAGUGAGAGCGAGAGAUCGAUCCGAACCGUGCCUAUCUGCAAUAUUUUGACGUUUGUCUCUGGCCUUUGCUUCGUCAAAAGUUUUGCAAACGUUGGGGCUGCUUGUCUGCGACGGCGUCUGCGCUCCCCCAACAAAAACAUAUACAAGUUUUCAAGUUUUUCGAGAAGAAGAAGGUCUCCCAAGUGUCGGCCGUCCGGGUGGUGUCCGUGUGUGCGCGAGUGCGAUUGAUUAACAACAUUUUAAUAUUAUUUAAAUUGAUUUUGAUGCCUCAAUUGAAUUGCUCUUGUAGCAGCAAUUAGCAAAGCGAAUAAGCGAGGCAUUCAUCUGUGCUGCAUGGGUGUGUGAGUGUGAGGGAGUGUUUGUGAAAGCCCCAACGGAUGAAUCACAAUAAACAACUGUACUCAAAGGAGUGAAGGCUCCACAACUGGUUCUUCAUAAUUUUACAACCAGAAACCUUGUCCGAAUACCCCGCGGAUGAUGUGUACCGGCCCACGAACUUCGCGGGCUACGUGAAUCGGGGCUACGAUGAUAUAGACAGUUCCUAUUACUUUGCCCAGUUCGAGGCCAUGACGGAGGAGCGCAAUGGAGCGGCCCUGCCGCCGUACACCAACGAUUCGGAUGCCUCCGCGGAGGACAACCGGAACGACGAGGACGAGGAGCAGGACCCGGACUGCACGGACGACGGUACCGUGGUGGAGCAUCAUAACCGAUGCCUGCCCGAGUUCCAGUUCUCGCUGGUCGACUCGGAGUACGAUGAGACGCUGGGGUUCCCCGACUCCGUGACCAUCCUGUCGAAUGUGGGCGACAAGCCGGUGCUGGUGCAGCGCAAGGAGACCACCGACGACGACGACGAGGAGUACGACGACGAUGAGAACAACAGCGUCGUGAUGCGCCAGGAGAUACCCUUCACGAGCAUCUACGGGCCCAGCGUGAAGUUCAACUCCUUUCAGCGGAAGGUCUUCAUCCCGGGCCGCGAGAUUCACGUGCGGAUCGUGGACACCGAGCGGAGUGUGACCACGCAUCUGCUGAACCCCAAUCUAUACACCAUUGAGCUCACCCACGGACCCUUCAAGUGGACCAUCAAGCGGCGCUACAAGCACUUCAAUUCGCUCCACCAGCAACUGAGCUUCUUCCGCACCUCCCUGAACAUACCCUUCCCCAGUCGCAGUCACAAGGAGAAACGGACCACGCUCAAGGCCACCGCCAGCCAGAUGGCCGAUGAGUCGACCCUCAAGGACCUGCCCGCCCACACCAAGCAGGUGAAGCAGACGAGCACGCCCCAGAGCAAUGGCAGCAGGCACCAGAACGGACCCGGCACUAUCGUCAGUCCCAGCCACAACUCGAUUCUGUCGGGCCUCAAUCCGCGGCGCAUCCAAAAGAAGCGCAAGAAGAAGAAAAAGAAGAAGCUGCCGCGGUUCCCCAACCGCCCGGAGAGUCUCGUGACGGUGGAGAAUCUGGGCGUGCGGAUCAAGCAGCUGGAGGACUAUCUGUACAAUCUGCUGAACAUCAGCUUGUACCGAUCGCACCACGAAACGCUAAACUUUGUGGAGGUCUCCAACGUGUCGUUUGUGCCCGGGAUGGGCCUCAAGGGCAAGGAGGGCGUAAUACUCAAGCGCACGGGCUCGACGCGACCCGGCCAGGCGGGCUGCAACUUCUUUGGGUGCUUCCAGAAGAACUGCUGCGUGCGCUGCAACUACUUCUGCUCGGACGUGGUGUGCGGCACGUGGCGCAAUCGCUGGUUCUUCGUGAAGGAGACCUGCUUCGGCUACAUCCGACCCACCGACGGCAGCAUCCGGGCCGUGAUCCUGUUCGACCAGGGCUUCGAUGUGUCGACGGGCAUCUACCAGACGGGCAUGCGGAAGGGUCUGCAGGUGCUGACCAACAACCGGCACAUUGUGCUCAAGUGCUGGACAAAGCGCAAGUGCAAGGAGUGGAUGCAGUAUCUGAAGCACACCUCCAACUCGUAUGCCCGCGACUUCACGCUGCCCAAUCCGCACAUGUCGUACGCCCCCAUGCGGGCCAACACGCAGGCCUCCUGGUACGUGGACGGCUCCCAGUACAUGUCCGCCGUCGCCGAUGGCCUCGAGGCGGCCACCGAAGAGAUCUACAUUGCGGACUGGUGGCUCAGCCCGGAGAUCUACAUGAAGCGGCCCGCUCUGGAUGGCGACUACUGGCGCCUGGACAAGAUCCUCCUCCGCAAGGCCGAGCAGGGGGUGCGGGUCUUCGUGCUGCUCUACAAGGAGGUGGAGAUGGCCCUGGGCAUCAAUAGCUACUACAGCAAGUCCACGCUGGCCAAGCAUGACAACAUCAAGGUCAUGCGGCAUCCGGACCAUGCGCGCGGUGGCAUUCUCCUCUGGGCGCACCACGAGAAGAUCGUCGUGAUCGACCAGACGUACGCCUUCAUGGGCGGCAUCGAUCUGUGCUACGGCCGCUGGGACGAUCAUCAUCAUCGGCUCACAGAUCUCGGGAGCAUUUCCACCGCCUCCGUUUCGGGGAGCACGCGCCGCACGCCCAGCGGCUACUUCAACAAGGACGAUGUGGACUCGGCCUUUGGCUCGCGCAAGUCCUCGAGGAAUGCCCACUACGAGACCCCGCCCAAGGCUGGUAGGGCGGCCUCGCCAGAGACGCUGGAGGCACCGCUGCCCCCGGCCCCGGCCCCGCCCCCGCCCGGCAACAGCAUGGAGUUGAGGGUCCUCAAACCGGGCGAUCGACUGCUGAUACCAGCCAUGCUGUCUAGUGGCGCUGGCGAGGAUCCCGACGAGAACACGGCCCUGGAGGGAAUGAAGCUGAACACGCCAGAGAUGGAGCGGAAGAACAUGCUCGAUCGGCUGAAGAACAACGCCAUGAAGGGGGCUCGCAUGGGCAAGGACUUUAUGCACCGCCUGACGGCCAACGAGACGACGUUGGAGGGGCCAGAGGAUGGAGGUGUCUUCAGCAUAGACACAGUGGAUGCCACCAUGGAACCCGACAUGACUAUGGCCUCCUCCUCUGCUACAGCCACAGCUAAUGCCACAGCCACCGACGCCGCCACAGCCACCGAUGUCGCCACUGCCACAGCUAAUGCCACGGCCAACUCCACGCAAUUGUUCAGCGAAUUCUAUGGCCAGGCCAAGUACUGGUUCGGCAAGGACUACUCGAACUUCAUACUCAAGGACUGGAUGAACCUCAACUCGCCGUUCGUGGACAUUAUCGAUCGCACGACCACACCGCGCAUGCCCUGGCACGAUGUCGGCCUCUGCGUGGUGGGCGCUUCGGCGCGGGAUGUGGCCCGCCACUUCAUACAGCGCUGGAACGCCAUGAAGCUGGAGAAGCUGCGGGACAAUACGCGCUUUCCCUACCUCAUGCCGAAGAGCUACCACCAGAUCCGCCUCAACUCGCAUCUGCAGCAGCUGCAACAGCGCCGCCAGCAGAGGGUCACGUGCCAGCUGCUGCGCAGCGUCUCCGCCUGGAGCUGCGGCUUCAUCGAGGCGGACCUCGUGGAGCAGAGCAUCCACGACGCCUACAUCCAGACGAUCACCAAGGCCCAGCACUACGUGUACAUUGAGAAUCAGUUCUUCAUCACCAUGCAGCUGGGCAUGGGCGUGCCGGGGGCCUACAACAACGUGCGGAAUCAGAUUGGGGAGACACUCUUCAAGCGCAUUGUGCGGGCCCAUAAAGAACGGAAACCCUUCCGUGUGUAUGUGAUAAUGCCACUCCUUCCGGGAUUCGAGGGCGACGUGGGCGGCAGCACGGGCAUCGCUGUGCGGGCCAUCACCCACUGGAACUAUGCCUCCAUUUCCAGGGGACGCACUGCUAUACUGACACGUCUCCAGGAGGCCGGCGUCUCGGAGCCGCACAACUACAUCUCAUUCCACAGUCUACGCAAUCAUUCCUUCCUUAACAGCACGCCCAUCACCGAACUGAUUUACGUGCAUUCCAAGCUGCUCAUCGCCGACGAUCGGGUGGUCAUCUGCGGCUCUGCGAACAUCAACGACCGCUCGAUGAUUGGGAAGCGCGACUCGGAGAUUGCGGCCAUCAUCAUGGACGAGGAGUUCGAGGAUGGCCGCAUGAAUGGCAAAAAGUAUCCGAGCGGCAUCUUUGCCGGUCGCCUGCGAAAGUAUCUCUUCAGAGAGCAUUUAGGCCUCCUGGAGGGCGAGGGCUCUGCGCGCUCCGAUCUGGACAUCAGCGAUCCCGUUUGCGACGCCUUCUGGCACGGCACCUGGCGACAGAUCUCCACGAGGAACACCGAGAUCUACGACGAGGUGUUCAAGUGCAUUCCCACGGACUUUGUGAAGACAUUCGCCAGCCUGCGCAAGUACCAGGAGGAGCCGCCGCUCUCCAAGACCGAUCCAGAGAUGGCCGCCCAUCGGGUCACAGAAAUCCAGGGCUUUCUGGUCAACCUGCCAUUGGAGUUCCUCAACAAGGAGGUGCUCACGCCGCCGGGCGCCAGCAAGGAGGGCGUCCUACCUACCUCUGUUUGGACAUAGUCUCUGCCAAAAGUCUCCAAGACGCCACUAGAUCGUAGUCCCCCCUCCUCCCCACCAAAUGCGUUGUUGCCAAGUCAUACACCUGUUGUAUAUUGAUAGAUAUACCCCGAUAGAUGUACGCUUGCCCUAGGAUACGAUAGCUCUAACUAAUUUAUUAUUUUACGCUGUUCGUCCUCGUACGUCCCCUGGUACUCUAGUGAUCCUAUUUGUUACUACCCCGCCCCAUUUUUUUAACAACUUUUAAACAGUAUUUUAGACAUUUUAAAGCGCUAAUGUUUUCAUUAAAGUGAUAUGGAUUGAAAGUAA